AUGAAAAAUCGUAUCGCGUAUUUCUACGAUUCAAACAUCGGAAACUACCACUACUCAGAGGGGCACCCUAUGAAGCCGCACAGGGUGCGCAUGACGCAUUCUCUGCUCGUGAACUACUCGCUGUACAAGCACAUGAACGUGUACAAGCCUACGAUGGCAAGCUUUGAGAAUUUGACAAAUUUUCAUUCGAUUGACUACAUAAACUUCUUACAGAGCGUGAGUCAGUCCAAUAUGGAUGAUAUGAUCAAGGACCUGCAGAAAUUCAAUGUGGGCGAUGACUGCCCCAUCUUCAGGGGGCUGUACGACUACUGCCGGUCGACCGCUGGUUCAUCGCUGUGUGCAACAUACAAGCUGAACACGAGAGAGGCUGACAUUGCGAUCAACUGGUCAGGUGGGCUGCAUCACGCGAAACGAGGCGAGGCGAGUGGUUUCUGCUAUGUGAACGACAUCGUGCUGGGCAUACUCGAGCUGCUCAAGUACAACGAGCGCGUAAUGUACAUUGAUAUCGACUGCCACCACGGUGACGGUGUCGAAGAGGCGUUCUAUACCACAGACCGUGUGAUGACGGUCUCGUUCCACAAGUACGGCGAAUACUUCCCAGGCACCGGUGCACUCAAGGACACGGGGCUGCUCAGAGGCAAGAACUACGCGAUCAACGUGCCGUUGAGGGACGGUAUUGAUGAUUUUUCGUACCAAAGCAUCUUCGGGCCCAUCGUAUCUCGAGCGGUUGAGAUGUUCAGGCCGUCUGCCAUCGUCCUGCAGUGCGGUGCGGACUCACUUGCAGGAGACCGUCUGGGCUGUUUCAAUCUCACGAGCAAAGGACAUGCGGAAUGCGUGCGAUACGUCAAGAACCUGCAGAUACCUCUGCUUGUACUUGGUGGCGGUGGAUAUACCAUAAAGAAUGUAUCACGUACGUGGACGUACGAGACAGCCAUAAUAUGUGAUGUACAGAUAGCUGAGGACCUGCCGUACAACGAGUACAUGGAGCACUUUGGGCCGGAAUACAAGAUACACGUAUUGCCCAGCAAUAUGGAGAAUCACAACACUGCAGAUUUCUUGCAAUCGAUUGUACAAACGGUUUAUGAGAACCUGAGGAAUGUUACGGCCUGUCCGAGUGUGCAGAUGAUGGACAUUCCUGAUUCGUUUGUAACGAUGGAGGAUGAGGACGUGAUAUGGUCCAAGUUUAAGGACGAGUAUUUCAUUAAGAGUGAGGAGAGUGCGAAUGAGGAGGAAGUAGCGGUUGAGGGGUAG